AUGAACCCAGAAAGCGGUGAUUGUCCCGCCAAUGUCGCCUUGCUCGGUGCCCCGGAAGACACACUGGCUGCCGAAUCACCCGAGGGAGACCGGGAACGCAUCCAUGCUGCUACGGCCUCCCACUCUGCUGACCCCCACUUCUUACAAACCGAGCACGGCACUCGCCUGUUACACGGAAGUGGAAGUGCCUCUGGAGAUAUUGACAGUGGAAGUGGAAGUGCCUCUGGAGAUAUUGACAGUGGAAGUGGAAGCGGAAGCGGAAGUGCGAGUGGAAGUGCCUCUGGAGAUAUUGACAGUGGAAGCGGAAGCGGAAGUGCGAAUGGAAGUGGCAGUGCCUCUGGAGAUAUUGACAGUGGAAGUGGAAGUGCCUCAGGAGAUAUUGACAGUGGAAGCGGAAGUGGAAGUGGAAGUGGAAGUGCCUCUGGAGAUACUGACAGUGGAAGCGGAAGCGGAAGUGCGAGUGGAAGUGGCAGUGCCUCUGGAGAUAUUGACAGUGGAAGUGGAAGUGCCUCAGGAGAUAUUGACAGUGGAAGCGGAAGUGGAAGUGGAAGUGGAAGUGCCUCUGGAAAUAUCGACAGUGGUAGUGGAAGUGGCAGUGCUUCUGGCGAUAUUGACAGUGGGAGCGGAAGUGCCUCUGGAGAUACUGACAGUGGAAGCGGAAGCGCAAGUGGAAGUGGCAGUGCCUCUGGAGAUAUUGACAGUGGAAGUGGAAGUGCCUCAGGAGAUAUUGACAGUGGAAGCGGAAGUGGAAGUGGAAGUGCCUCUGGAGAUACUGACAAUGGAAGCGGAAGCGGAAGUGCAAGUGGAAGUGGCAGUGCCUCUGGAGAUAUUGACAGUGGAAGUGGAAGUGCCUCAGGAGAUAUUGACAGUGGAAGUGGAAGUGGAAGUGGAAGUGGAAGUGGAAGUGGAGGUGCCUCUGGAGAUAUUGACAGUGGAAGCGGAAGUGGAAGUGAAAGUGGAAGUGCCUCUGGAGAUACUGACAGUGGAAGCGGAAGCGCGAGUGGAAGUGGCAGUGCCUCUGGAGAUAUUGACAGUGGAAGUGGAAGUGCCUCUGGCGAUAUUGACAGUGGAAGCGGAAGUGGAAGUGGCAGUGCCUCAGGAGAUAUUGACAGUGGAAGUGGAAGCGGAAGCGGAAGUGCGAGUGGAAGUGCCUCUGGAGAUAUCGACAGUGGAAGUGGAAGUGGCAGUGCCUCAGGAGAUAUUGACAGUGGAAGUGGAAGCGGAAGUGCGAGUGGAAGUGGCAGUGCCUCUGGAGAUAUUGACAGUGGAAGUGGAAGUGGAAGUGCCUCUGGAGAUAUUGACAGUGGAAGUGGAAGUGGCAGUGCCUCUGGAGAUAUUGACAGUGGAAGUGCCUCUGGAGAUAUUGACAGUGGAAGUGGAAGUGGAAGUGCUUCUGGAGAUAUCGACAGUGGAAGUGGAAAUAUUGACAGUGGAAGUGGAAGCGGAAGCGGAAGUGCGAGUGGAAGUGGAAGUGGCAGUGCCUCAGGAGAUAUUGAAAGUGGAAGUGGAAGUGGAAGUGGCAGUGCCUCAGGAGAUAUCGACAGUGGAAGUGGAAGUGGCAGUGCCUCAGGAGAUAUUGACAGUGGAAGUGGCAGUGCCUCUGGCAUUGGCCAAUCCACCGAAACUCCAAUUCAGUCAACGAGUUCAUAUGUGACAACAACGGAAGCGGAGGAUAGGACCACUACAGUUAUGGAUACCACCGAAAACCCGAUUCAGUCAACGAGUUCAUAUGUGACCAAUGUGGAAACGGUCUCUGUUACGGAGGAUAGGACCACCCAAGUUAUGGAUACCACCGAAAACCCGAUUCAGUCAACGAGUUCAUAUGUGACAACACCGGAAGCGGAGGAUAGGACCACUACAGUUAUGGAUUCCACCGAAAACCCGAUUCAGUCAACGAGUUCAUAUGUGACCACUGUGGAAACGGUCUCUGUUACGGAGGAUAGGACCACCCAAGUUAUGGAUUCCACCGAAAACCCGAUUCAGUCAACGAGUUCAUAUGUGACAACUGUGGAAACGGUCCCUGUUACGGAGGAUAGGACCACCCAAGUUAUGGAUUCCACCGAAAACCCGAUUCAGUCAACGAGUUCAUAUGUGACCACUGUGGAAACGGUCCCUGUUACGGAGGAUAGGACCACCCAAGUUAUGGAUUCCACCGAAAACCCGAUUCAGUCAACGAGUUCAUAUGUGACCACUGUGGAAACGGUCUCUGUUACGGAGGAUAGGACCACCCAAGUUAUGGAUUCCACCGAAAACCCGAUUCAGUCAACGAGUUCAUAUGUGACCACUGUGGAAACGGUCUCUGUUACGGAGGAUAGGACCACCCAAGUUAUGGAUUCCACCGAAAACCCGAUUCAGUCAACGAGUUCAUAUGUGACCACUGUGGAAACGGUCCCUGUUACGGAGGAUAGGACCACCCAAGUUAUGGAUUCCACCGAAAACCCGAUUCAGUCAACGAGUUCAUAUGUGACCACUGUGGAAACGGUCUCUGUUACGGAGGAUAGGACCACCCAAGUUAUGGAUUCCACCGAAAACCCGAUUCAGUCAACGAGUUCAUAUGUGACCACUGUGGAAACGGUCUCUGUUACGGAGGAUAGGACCACCCAAGUUAUGGAUUCAGAGCCACCAAGCAUAACGUGCCCAGCUGCCAUAGCUACAAAUGCAGAACCAGGAAAGGACUUUGGAUAUGUCACAUGGACUCCUGAGGUACCAACAGCGAUUGAUGCUGUUAGUGACGCAGUGAGUGUCUCUUGCUCAACCCCAGAUUCCAAUGAAGUAGUGUCUGGAGAUGCAUUCCAAGUUGGUGCAACUGUUGUGACUUGUGAGGCAGCUGAUGAUGCUGGUAACCGGGCAUCAUGUACCUUCGUAGUCUCUGUCAAUGGAACCUGUUUCAUUCCAUUCGGGCCAGAUGCAGGAGAUCAAGUCCUCUCACCAAUUGAUGCAGUCGGAGAUCGAGCAAAGGAUUUCGUUUCACCGCUGUUUUCCCCGAGAACAUAUUUCCCAUAUUGCAACCACCUGUAUCAGAAUCUCUAUUUCAGCGACAAUGGAGUUAUUAUCUUACUGGACAGCGGAUCAUAUGAAGGCUAUGCUUACCCCAGCACAGACAGUUCAACAUUCAAUUCCCUAGACAACACUGCCAUUGUUGCACCGUUCUGGGCAGAUGUGAAAGGUAGUCUCCUGACUAGUUUGGAAAGUAAUGUCUUCUAUCAGGUGUAUGACUCCUCUAGCUCCAACGCUGAUCAAGCUAGAAUGAUGGAUUUGGUGAGCGCAAGGGUGAACGCAAAUCCUGCGCACAGCAACUUCACGGCAAAUUGGAUGUUGGUGAUCACAUGGUAUAAAGUGCCAGCUAUUUCACCCGAUCUGGCGACAAACACUUUCCAAGCUGUGCUGGCUACCGAUGGGGUGCAUAGUUUCGUCCUCUUCAGCUACGCUAACAUGAACUGGGACGCCACUUUGCUUGGCAACGACAAGGUUAUUUCGGGUUUCACGUGUGGCGGUGGGGGCCAGAAAACUUACAUCAAUGUCCCCUUCUCCAUGCGUUACCGACCCGACCAAGUUACGGGAAACACCGGAGAGCUUGGCUGCUGGAUCUUCCAGAUGGACAACAAUCCAUCGGACUUUGUCAACCCGCGCCAGUUUUGCUACGACUGGCACAGCCGCCAAGAUUCAAGCACAUUUUUCAAUCUGAUAAAUCGUAGACAAUGGCAGCGCAACAUAUGUCCCUGUUCUGCAAUCUGGUUGCAAUUCGAUAGAAGAUUUACCUUUAUAUUCCCCUCCGUUGUUCUACCUUCAUCUUCAACUCCACGUGUCGCCAACCAGUUCUGUGUAAUGUCAACAUUACAAUCCCCUGGCUUUCCUGGAGUGAAGUGUUGUUACAAUGGAUUUGGAUUUCUAUCUGAUGAAGUUGGUGCAUUGGAGGCCAGCCGUAUGGAAGUGAGCCCGUACAACCCAUGGUGGUUCAACAAUGACUUAUACCAACAAAAUUUUGUGGAAGAUAUCCUGCCUCGUUUCUACUGUUGCGAGGAGAGCGACCUCUGUCAUCUUUACCAAGACCAGCGCCCAAGAGCACAGUGUUACUUUCGAAGCCCUGGGAGAGUAGGUUGGUUUUGGGGUGAUCCCCAUAUUACCACAUUGGAUGGUGUCGAGUACACAUUCAAUGGUCUAGGGGAGUUCACGCUCGUUGAAAUUGAGGAGACCGGAUUAACGUUUGAACUGCAGGCAAGAACGAAACGAGUCACGGACGCCGAGACUCAAGAACCGACUGAUGCUACAUACUUCACGGCCUUUGCUGCAAGACACGGCAGCAACAAUCGGAUUGAAGUCAAACUCAAUGACGAUGCUACUGACCUUGUAACAACUGUGAAUGGAAACGUUGUUGCACUCACAAGCAUUGCGUCGGAAUUUGACGACUUGACCGUACUCCGGGAAGCCACAUCCCCAUUCAGGAUACAUGCAGACUGGACUUCGGAUAUCCAGUUACUUUUCCGAGUUGCCAAUGGCAUAGCUGAUGUUGAAGUCGUGCUUCCCAAUACUCUAAAGGGCAAGAUCAAAGGACUUUUGGGUCAAUGGGACGACGAUCCUAGUAACGAGGCCCUACGGCGAGAUGGGAACAUCCAACAACCCACAGGACCAAAUAACAAAAUGCUGGAAAGCGAUUACUUUGAGUUUGGCACGACCUGGCGAACGACCCCUGCAACGUCUUUGUUCUACUACGUCAACAACAACGACUGGAACACCUACAACAACCUGGAAUUUGUGCCCAAGUUUCUGGAGGACCUUAUAGCUGAGGCAACGCCACAGGAUCUGGCAGCAGCACAGGAACAGUGCGGCAACAACACCAUGUGUCUCUACGAUCGCUUGGCAUCUCACGAUGAAUCUAUCAGUGGGGCUACACUGAUGCAGAGUAUUGUGAACGAAGAAACCAAUCUCAUUAUCUCAAAUACGCCACCAAACAUCACAACUUCCGUAGAGUCAGUGAACGUCAUCGUUGGAGAAAACUUCACCCUUGAGGUAACUGCUACAGACGCUGACGGCCAGGAAAUCAUAUACAACUUACUGGAAGACAUUUCAGGAGCAUCGAUAUCCCAGGAUGGUGUUUUCAAAUGGAAUCCGUUGGACAAGACAAAAGUUAAGCUUGGAAUUGUAGCAUCUGAUGGGACGUUCAACACCUCAGUGCAGCCUAUCAUCAAGUUGUGUGACUGUCAGAAUGGUGGCUCGUGCCUCUUUGACCAGUACACGUUGGAUAGUAAUAUAGCCCUGGAUAGUUUUGCAAUUGUAUUAUGCGAGUGCCCGGAGGGAUGGUCUGGGGACUUCUGUCAGGAUAACUACGAUGCUUGUGCUGACAAUCCGUGUUUCGUAGGUGUCACGUGUAUCGACGAUGAACCCCCAUCUCUCAACAAGACCUGUGGUCCGUGCCCCGAGGGGUUUUUCGGGGAUGGCAACUUUUGCGAGGAUGUCAAUGAGUGUGAAAUUUACACUCCUUCCAGUGAGGGUGGAAUGGGAUGUGAUCAAGGUUGCGUCAACAUCUUAAAUGGAUUCACCUGUAGCUGCACGGACGGGUACCUGCUGCACGUCGAUGGCAGAAGGUGUAUUGAUAUUGAUGAAUGUACUUUGGAAACAGACGAGUGUUCUGAGUUUGCAGAGUGUUUAAAUGUGCCAGGUGGAUACAACUGUACAUGUAACACAGGGUAUAACGAUGACAAUGGCAAUGGAAGAUCUUGCUCAGACAUAAAUGAGUGCAAUCUACAGAAUGAAUGCGGCAAUAAUGCUGAUUGCAGAAAUACCGCCGGUUCGUAUGCCUGCUCAUGCCAGGAUGGAUUCGAGGGCAACGGGGAGACAUGUGCAGAUAUCAAUGAGUGCACCAGAUCAUUGGAUAACUGCCAUGAACAGGCCACAUGUUCCAAUACCAUUGGUGGCUUUAAUUGUACGUGCAAUGAAGGCUGGCUUGGCGAUGGAGUCACGUGUGCCAAUGAGAAUGAGUGCGACCGUGUGGUCAACGUCUGCCACCCGCAAGCUGAGUGCACGGACACGACGGGUAGUUUCACCUGCGAGUGCUCGGCAGGUUAUAUCGGCGAUGGACAAACCUGUUCAGACAUUGAUGAAUGUGAUCUUCAGCUUGAUGACUGUGUCCAAAGCUGCAAUAACACCGAGGGAUCAUUUGACUGUUACUGCAGCCCAGGAUUUUCACUCGAUGCUGACCUCAAAAACUGUACAGCGGACAGUGGGUGUGUCAAUGCUACGUGUAUCAAUGGAGACUGCUAUGAUGUUGGCGGUGUUGCUAGCUGCAUUUGCUAUCGUGGAUUUGCAUCAAAUGAGUCGGACCUGAUAUGCGAAGACAUUGAUGAGUGCAGCCAACAACAGCACAACUGUGAGGCGGAUGAUCUUUGUGAAAACACCAUUGGUGGCUACCAGUGCACAUGCAGGGAUGGGUACAUGCUCGAUAAUGACAUGCGAACAUGUUCAGACAUCGACGAGUGUUCGCUACCGCAAAGCGAUGCGAUGGCUGCUACAUGUACGGAUAAUGCUGUAUGCAUAAACAUCCCCGGCUCGUACAACUGUUCUUGUAUCCUCGGAUUCGCUGCUAACGAUACCGGAUUUUGUGAAGAUAUUGACGAGUGUAGUGGGCCGUCCCCUUGCGGGCUCAGCAGCAGAUGUGAGAACAACGAAGGGAGUUUCCUGUGUGUGUGUCCUGCUGGCUACUACGGCGAUCCUUACAGUGAGUGCAUUGACAUUGAUGAGUGUGAGACCACACCCGAUAUAUGCGACCCAAUGGCAACGUGUAGCAACCUCAACGGCAGCCAUGCAUGUGCAUGUUUGGACGGCUUUGAAGGCAACGGGACUUACUGUCAAGACGUUGAUGAGUGCGCCCUCAGCUUAUGCAGCCCAGAUUCGCAGUGUACUGACACCGAAGGCAGUUUCUAUUGUACAUGCAACAGCGGCUUCAUUGCACCAGACGAUUCCACUGGAGUAGAGUGCAUUGAUGUGAAUGAGUGCGAACUCAACAUGGACGACUGUGCCGAAGUGGUGUCCCAAUGUGUGAAUAGCAAUGGAAGUUUCUCCUGCAUAUGCAGUGAUGGCUACGAAAUGAGCAUGGGGGGAAUGUGUGUAGAUAUCAAUGAGUGUUUGACAAACCCCUGCUCUGGAGCGGACGUUGUUUGUGCCAAUCUGCCUGGCACCUAUGAUUGUCAGUGUGCACAGGGAUUCUAUCAAGAUGGCUCCACAUGCGCUGCUGGAUUUUCCUACAAUGCUUCGGCCAGUUUUGUUGAUAUAAGUGGUGCCGUUGUCGCUGGAAAUUUGUUUAAUUUGCUGGCAAAUUAUGUCCAAUAUCUCCAAGAUUUGAAGAAUGCGACCGAAGCUGCCUUUGAGUCCUCCAGUAUUGCCGGUGAUUUUGGAGAUAUUGUCGUCAGAGAUAUUACACGGAUCUCUGACGCUGAGGCAGUGGUCCGAUUCUCCCUCAACUUUCGGAUGUUUGUACCGGAAAAUACCAUUGUCCAGGCAUUCCUCAUGCAACUCACGGGAUCCAGAGGGGGACAGCUACUGCCAAACCAUCGACUCAUUGCCGAGACAUUCAUCGUUGGGGAACCAAAAUGUGUUGAUUUGCCUUGCAUGAAUAAUUCGACAUGCACUGAGAGCAACACGGCGGCGAGUGGUUACUUCUGUAACUGCCUCGCAGGAUACAGCGGGACCUUUUGUGAGAUUGCUCCCUGUGACGACACACCUUGCCAGAAUUCUGGGACCUGCGUGACUGACGCAACCUCUUCCACUGGAUACCGCUGCACAUGUGCAGUUGGGUACACUGGGCAGAACUGCCAAACACUCUUACCAUGUGACUUGGAUAACAGUUGUCGGAACGGGGCUGAGUGUACCAACAAUAUUCUUGAUGCCCUUGGCUACACAUGUACGUGCCCAGCCGGAUUCACUUCGCAUGAUUGUGAAAGUGAAGUGUGUGUCACUACCUGUGCAAACAAUGGAGCCCUGGACAGUGUUGCUUGUACCUGUAGUUGUGUGGCAAACUGGGGAGGAGCUACAUGCACAGAUUGUUCACUGAAUUGUCAGAAUAGUGGCACCUUGAAUGAAGCAACGUGUGCAUGCGAUUGUGCGCAGAAUUGGGCCGGCACAGAGUGCACAGAUUGUUCACUGAAUUGUCAGAAUAGUGGCACCUUGAAUGAAACAACGUGUGCAUGCGAUUGUGCGCAGAAUUGGGCCGGCACAGAGUGCACAGUUUGUCAAUUGGGGUGCCAGAAUAAUGGAACACUGAAUGAACAGACAUGUCAGUGUCAAUGCACCUCUAGUUGGAAUGGGCUCCAAUGCACAGAUUGUUCAUUGACAUGCGAAAACGGCCUCACGUUGAACAGUGACACAUGCGAGUGUACUUGUGCCCAGAGCUGGAUUGGAACAGACUGUGAAGUUUGUCCGCUUACAGCUGCAAGUUGCCUGCCAGGCACUUUGGAUGUCAACAAUUGCGAGUGUGUUUGUCCAAUCGCAAUCUCUGGCAGAAACUGUGAAGGUAGGUUUGCAUUUAACAUUUUGGGCUAGAUAGGAUCAGACAUUUCUCACUAAAGCCUGAUACG